AUGGAUGACACAGCCAGUUCGCAGUCGUCAGGCACGACUCAGCGAAGAAAGCUGGUGGAAGAUGACGAUCGAUCAUGGAGUAACAAGAGUAGCGUCGAAGUCAGUGGGCGAGAGGUGGCCGAGGGAAUGGCGGUGUCGAGACAAGAAGACCCCGUUGAAUCCCUCAAGAGGCGCCUCUCGGAAUGGGGUGAGUCUAGUGUCCAUACCAGCCAGCCUUAUGAAGAGGGUGAAGAAUACGAAAUGCUUCUAGAUCCAAACCUCCCAGAGGAACAAGAAAGGAGAAUGCACGAGCUCGAGUUGGAUGAUCCUUUAGGAGGCGAGUCGAGUCUGAAGGAACUUGAUGACACCGAAGAUUCUCCCUAUCCCGAAGUACGAGCCGCUGUUCACAACUACGAUGAGGAUCUGCCCUGCAAUACUGUCCGGGCUUGGACGAUUGGGUUGUUCCUUGUGGUCAUUGGCGCCUCAAUGAACACCCUCUUUUCUUUGAGGAGUCCCUCGAUCGGACUAGGUGCGCUAAUUGCUCAGAUUAUAGCAUGGCCCAUUGGCCAGGCCUGGGAAAAGGUUAUGCCCAAGAAGGAAUUCACGCUGUGGCCAUUCGGUAUCAAAUGGAGCUUGAACCCUGGACCUUUCAAUGUCAAGGAGCACUCGAUUAUCGUUGUCAUGGCGAGUGUUUCUUUCUCGGUUGCAUACGCUACGGAUAUCAUACUCGCCCAGCUCGUAUUUUACAAGCAGAACUUUGGCGUCACUUGGCAGCUAUUACUGACCGUGUCGACCCAGUCACUGGGCUACGGCAUUGCUGGCAUGAUGAGAAAAUUCUUGGUCUACCCGGCUUCCAUGAUCUGGCCAGGAAACCUCGUGUCGGUAGUGCUCAUGAAUGCCAUGUACGAGAAGCACGCACCGCUUGACCCAACGAUAAUUGGUGGAAAUAUGCCAAGAUAUCGAUGGUUUGCUUACAUUACGCUUGGUGCCUUCUUGUACUACUUCAUUCCCGGAUUCUUUGCUCAGUUCUUGAGUGUCUUUGCAUUCCCAACCUGGCUUGCACCCAAUAACCCAAUUGUCAAUCAGCUCUUUGGAGGAACGACCGGUCUGUCAUUGCUGCCCAUUACAUUUGACUGGACACAGGUUGCAGGAUAUAUCGGCUCUCCUCUCAUCCCACCGUGGCAUGCCAUUGCAAACACCACGAUAGGUGUUGUCGUCUUUUUUAUUGGUCUUGCCUCGGCAUUCCAUUACACUGGCGUUUGGUAUUCCCAAUUCCUGCCCAUGAGCGACGCGUCAACAUAUGACAACACGGGCUCACCGUAUAACACGACUCGAAUUCUCACGCCACAAUUGACUUUGGACGAGGAGGCUUACAAGAACUAUUCUCCCCUCUAUAUCAGCACAACCUUUGCCAUGGCCUAUGGACUAUCUUUCGCUGCCAUUGCAUCGCUGAUUGUCUACACAUACCUUCAUCACAGCAAGACAAUUUGGCGCCAGUACCAAAACAGCACAACUGAGAAGCCCGACAUCCACAUGAAGCUCAUGAGGAAGUAUAAGGAGGCGCCAACAUGGUGGUACAUGAGCCUUUUCGUCAUCAUGCUUGGGCUCGGUUUCAUCACUGUCCUGGCAUACCCUACAAAUCUCAAUUGGUGGUCCUUUCUAUUGGCCGUUAGCAUCUCAUUCACCUUUGCCCUACCUAUUGGCAUUAUUCAGGCUGUCACAAACAACCAGAUUGGUCUAAAUGUCUUGACCGAGUUUGUGUACGGUUAUAUCCAGCCAGGCAGACCACUUGCCCUAAUGAUAUUCAAAACGUUUGGGUACAUUACAAUGUCUCAAGCCUUGAGCUUCGUCGCGGAUUUGAAGUUUGGCCACUACAUGAAAAUACCUCCCAGAACCAUGUUCAUGAGUCAAGUUGUGGCAACAACCUUUUCCUGCUUUAUUCAGAUUGCGGUGCUCAACUUUGCAUUGAACAAUAUCGAAGGUAUAUGCACCCCAACACAACCAGAACAUUUCACUUGUCCUGGAGGCAGGGUCUUUUUCUCAGCAUCUGUGAUCUGGGGUCUCAUUGGCCCGGCCCGCAUUUUCUCGCCUGGCCAAAUCUAUUCGGGACUUUUCUGGUUCUUCUUGAUCGGUGCCAUCACGCCCGUGAUCAUUUACUUUGCUGCCAAAAAGUGGCCCAAGUCGCCCAUCAAGUAUCUGAUGGCACCUGUCAUAUUUGGAGGUGCUGGCGCGAUUCCUCCUGCCACGCCUCUCAACUACCUGUCCUGGGGCAUCGUGGGAUUUGUGUUCCAGUAUCUAAUCAAGAACCGCCAUUCGGCUUGGUGGAACAGACUCAACUUCCUCACGUCUUCAGGUCUCGAUCUAGGACUUGCCCUUUCUACACUGGUCAUAUUUUUUGCCUUUACUCUCAACAAUAUCAGCCCGCCCGAAUGGUGGGGCAAUACCGUUAUCACGACGACAAUGGAUUAUCAAGACACGGCUAUACAGACUGUAUUACCGCCUGGGGAGACUUUUGGCCCUGCUACAUGGUAG